AUGGAGUUCCGCACUCAGGGAUACAACGGCUAUGCCGUCAAGUACUCUCCCUUCUUCGACUCGCGCCUUUGCGUAGCUGCCAGUGCCAACUACGGAAUUGUGGGUAAUGGUCGCGUCUAUGUCCUCCAGCUCACGCCGCAGGGCAUUCGCGCCGAGAAGCAAUUUAAUACGCAAGACUCUGUAUACGAUGUAGCAUGGUCUGAGCGAAACGAAAAUCAAAUGGUUGUUGCGUCUGGAGACGGCUCUGUGAAGUUGUUCGAUUUAAACGUCAAUGACUUUCCUGUGAAGACAUGGAAGGAACACAAUAGGGAGGUCUAUGCUGUCCAUUGGAACUUAGUGUCUAAGGAUACGUUUGCAUCAAGCUCGUGGGAUGGAACAAUCAAGAUCUGGUCUCCUGAGCGCGAUACUUCCAUUCUAACUCUUCCCACGCAUUCCUGCACCUAUAGCACAGCAUGGUCCCCCCACUCUCCCUCAAUCCUCUCAUCCGUCUCCUCCGACUCCCACUGCCGAAUCUUCGACCUCCGUACCCCAGCCUCAUCUUCCAACCAUCUCGUCGCAUUGAUUCCAAUCCACGGACCUCCUCCUACUCUUGGCGGCACACCUAAUCCUAUGCAACGGAAUAUGCCCCCAGCUGAAGCCUUGACUCACGACUGGAAUAAAUACCGCAGUACAGUCUUAGCCACCGCCGGGGUUGACACCAUUAUCCGAAGUUUCGACGUCCGUAAUCCAAGGGGUGGGCCAAUUGCCAUGCUAGAAGGCCACAAAUAUGCUGUUCGGAAGAUUGCGUGGUCGCCGCAUCUCAGCGAUGUGCUUUUGAGUGCUAGCUAUGACAUGACGUGCAGAGUCUGGAGCGACGGAACGAACAACACAAAUACUCACCCGGGAAUAGCAACUGGCGGGGGAAGUCAGAUCGGACAAAUGGAUCGCCAUACAGAGUUUUGCACAGGUGUUGAUUGGUGUCUGUUUGGAUCUGAGGGUUGGUGUGCUAGUGUUGCUUGGGACGAGAGGCUUCUUGUCUGGGAUGUGAGGUCGCAAAUGGGUCCACAGGCACAUGGCCAGCAAUGA